AUGGCCAACGAAUUCAACAUCGAUCCCAAUGUCUGGUAUCAGAUCUCCAACGACCUGUUCGACCCGAAGGUCAACUCGCUGCGAGUCGGCGACAGUCACACGGCGAUCUACAUGUUCGCGACGAACCUCACGUCGCCGCAGCAGCGAUGGCAGAUCUUCCCCGUCUCCGGUGGUGGUGGAGGGUGGAACUUCCGCGCCCAGAUCACAGGCUCGGGCGCGUACAUGUCGCAGUGUGUGCAUUUGACGUCGACAACGGCACCCACCGACGCCAAUCCCGACGACACGGACGUAUGCAUGGCCCUCGGGGCGGCGGCGGACAUCCAACGACAAUGGAUCCUCUCCUCCAACGGAGACGGCACCUUCGACAUCAAGCUCAGCAACUCCAACCCGCUGUACUCGGACUAUCACCUGUUCGUGAACGAGUCCAACACCGUGGCCUUCACCGACGACACGACCGAGGAAGGGGUGAAAUGGGGAUUCCAAUCCAUCAUGCCGAUCGACGAUCCUGCCUUUUCCACGGGCAUCGUCCCCGUGGCCAGCACGUCGACGACGAGAAGCGCGACAUCCACAUCCACAAACACCUCCGUCCCCACGUCACCGGGCUCGCAAACGCCGACGCAAACGCAAACGCAGAUAUCUUCCCCCACGACAAGUUCGGCGCCCACACAGCAGUCUCGCGGUCUCUCGAGCGGUGCAGCCGCCGGCGUGGGUGUUGCGGUCGCGAUCGCGGUCCUCGCCCUCGCGGCCAUCCUGUUCUGGUUCUUCCGCAGGAGAAGAAAACACACCCGAGAACAGAGACAGAGGCAGGUCCAGGAACUUGCAACCCCCUACAGCGGGCAAGAUGGGGCCUCUUUUCCGCACGAGACCAAGAACAGAAGGAUUUACCCUGCCGAGCCGGCCGAGUUGCAUCACCAGUCUCUCGCGGAACUAGAUCACACGCCGGAGCGCAAACCUCCUGUUGCUGAACUAGGUGCCGAUCCGAGGGCGAGUCGGGGGUAA